AUGCACAGCAUAGUUUAUGAUCUGCUUGGUCUUUGGGCCGUUCAUUGUUCCCUCGCAGCCCUCAUGGAGGUUAUACUGGCCGGCAGAGACUGCUUGGUGGCCGGAGACUCGUGCUCGAGCGACGAGAUGUGCAGUCCACGUCUGCGGACCUUGCGCCAGUGUGUGGCGGGCAACGGCAACAUGAAGCUGGGCCCAGGUGCCAAGAGCCAGUGUGCCAAUGCCGUGUCCGCCCUGAUGUCCAGCCCCUUACGCGGCUGCCAGUGCAAGCGAGGCAUGAAGAAAGAGAAGAACUGCCUGAGCAUCUACUGGAGCCUUCAUCAGGCAAUCAUACAUGGACUCAACCUGGUGGAGCGUUAUCCCUACGAGACGGUGCAGAGGGAUUACGACUACGUCCGCUUGGCCUCUAUUUCAGCCGACUCGGAUGUUGGCAUGGGAACUGUGAAUCGCUGCCUCGAUGCAGCCAAGGCGUGCAACGUGGACGACUUGUGCCAGAAGCUCCGCACCGAGUACGUCUCGGCUUGCAUCAAACCCACGGCCAAGUCGGGCCUGUGCAACCGGCCCAAAUGCAACAAGGCUCUGAGGCGGUUCUUUGACCGCGUCCCCGCCGAUUACACGCACGAGCUGCUCUUCUGCCCGUGCACGGACACGGCCUGCGCAGAGCGGCGGAGGCAGACCAUCGUGCCCAGCUGCUCGUUCGAAAGCCCGGAGAAACCCAACUGCCUCACGCAGAUGAGGAUCUGCAAAGCUGACUAUGUCUGCAGGUCUCGUCUGGCACAGUUUGUGUACGACUGCGAAUCCUCCGAAACGUCCGCCAGCGGCUGCAAACAGGGAACCUAUGGGGCAUGUCUGCUCGCCUACACAGGGCUCAUAGGAAGCACGAUAACUCCCAACUAUGUUGACAACUCCACGUCCAGCGUGGCUCCGUGGUGCUCCUGCUCAGCCAGCGGGAGCCAGAGGGACGAGUGCGAUGGUUUCCUGGGAUCCUUCACCGACAACAUCUGUCUCCGAAACGCUCUCGUGACGUUUGGAAGCGAGUCAGAGCCGCAGCCGACACUCAGCCAGCCCAGCACCCCCGGCCCCGGCCUCAGCAGCACAGAAAACAGGAGCACCACUUCUCCACCACAGACCGUGGAGACCGUGAGGAACCUUCUGGACACAUUCAUCCCCACACAGGCCCUGGGAAACGAGCUGCUGGUGGGCCAGGCCACCCUUUCACCGAACAGCCUCCCAAACUCUGCUUCACCUCCCUGCCUAAUGCUCCAAGCUGCCUUCAUCCUUCUGUUGCUUCUUCAUCUGCUGAACAGUGGACUCUAA